CGAAGACAACACGGGCAGAUAAACCAAGCCUGAUAAAGCACACUGCACUCUGUUGCCAUCCCAGAGCUACCCAAGACUAGCACACUCCAUGGCCUGUGCCUGACCCAGACCCUAUAAAGGGGACAGUGUGUGCCAUUUUCAGCCAGACCACUGCUCCCAACUUGCUGCUCUGCAAUACCCAGGACAGCAGGUUCACCAGGAAGAACAACACACCAUGGAAAACCAGACCAUGGACUGGACAGAGACAACAGAAUUUGACUAUGGUGAUUCAGCACCAUGCUCAGGAAUUGAGGAAAAGCACUUUGCAGCAAAUCUGUUGCCUCCACUUUAUUCUUUGGUGCUGAUAUUUGGCCUCACAGGCAACCUGCUCGUUGUCCUUAUCCUGGUAAAAUACAAGAGACUGAAGAGCAUGACUGACAUCUACCUGCUCAACUUGGCAGUUUCUGAUUUGCUCUUUGUGUUUUCUCUCCCUUUCUGGGCUUAUUAUGCUGCUCAUGACUGGAUUUUUGGGGAUGUGCUGUGUAAAAUGCUCUCAGGUGUCUACCUCCUUGGCUUCUACAGUGGGAUCUUUUUCAUCAUCCUGUUGACCCUAGACAGGUACCUGGCCAUCGUGCACGCCGUGUUUGCUUUGAAAGCCAGGACAGUUACCUAUGGCAUCCUCACCAGUGUUGUCACCUGGGCUGUUGCUAUUUUUGCUUCUGUUCCUGGGAUAGUGUUUCACAAAGCUCAGAAGGAACAUGAACGUUACACUUGCAGCGCUCAUUAUCCAAGUGAAGCCACAAUAAAUUGGAAGUACUCUUACAUUUUAAAGAUGAACAUUCUGGGACUUAUUGUUCCAAUGCUCAUUAUGAUUUUUAGUUACUCACAAAUUCUAAGAACAUUAUUGAGAUGCAGGAAUGAUAAAAAGCAGAAGGCAGUCAGACUGAUUUUCAUGAUCAUGAUUUUUUACUUCAUCUUCUGGACACCGUUCCAUAUCUCUUCUUUUUUGCAUACAUUUCAAAGUUCGCUUUUCCUCACAAAUUGUGAAAUCAAAGGUCAGCUGGAGAAAGCAAUCCAAGUGACAGAGACCAUCUCAAUGAUCCACUGCUGCAUCAACCCCGUGAUCUACGCGUUUGUGGGAGAGAAGUUCAGGAAAUACCUUUAUGCCUUUUUCCGAAGGCACGUUGCAGCCCACCUCUGCAAAAAAUGUCCAGGACUGUACCGUGAAAAGCUGGAAAGAGCUAGUUCCACCCUCACACCCUCCACUGCUGAGCAUGACAUCUCUACUGGCCUGUAGUCCAAAACAUUGGUUAGCAAGUGCUGCGCCACUCACUUUGCCUUAAGGACUGUCUGUCUGACUGCACAAUGAGACAACAAUGCACCCCAAAAACCCAUAAGUUUGCUUCUGACACAUCACACCCUCCAAGGAAAACAGCACUUCACCCAUAAAAGCACAUCAGCAAAGAGCUAGAAAGAGCUGGAAGGCCAGGGUGAAAAUUACCUUGGCAUUUGCUAUGCGAGAUGUUGCAUGAAAGAAGUAUCAGGUCCCUGUGAGGGAAUCUGGAGCCCACAAGCACAAUGCUGUGCAGCUGCUGCCCUAGUUCUGGACAGGUAAAUCGUGUGUGUAGAGGAAGGCUUUACAUGGCAGAUGCAGCAACUGUAUAAUGCUAGGCUCCUCCAUGAGAAACACAUGCUCUUUACACACAGUAGGUCAGAUUUUGGGGUGCACUUCUAGGCAGACAGCAGCAAGCAAAUCAGGCAGCACAGAGGAGGCAUAGCUCUGCAGAAUGUCCACAGCCAGCUGGCACCUGAAUUAGAACUGCACUUUAUGUGAAGUCUGGAGUAUGGUGGUGUCCUGUAGCCAAAUAGCCAUACACUUAUGUUUCCCUUU